UGUAGUUAAACGUUGAUGCUGUUAGCAAGGAACUAAAAUGAAAUCGGGAACACGUCUGGAGGCACCUGAUGGCGGUUGGGGCAUACUUGUCUGCAUUGGCAUGGCAAUGCCUUUCGUCAGCGGGCUGGCGGCACUGCCCUCAUUUGGGCUGGUAUUUGGAGAUUUUCUCAAAAGCAUUGGAGCCGAAACGAGUGCCAUUGGAUUUAUAACAAGCGCCUUUUUCUUUUCAUUCAGCUUUGCCGGACUCUUUUCAGGGUCUCUAUUCAAUCGUUUUGGAGUAAGAAAUGUGGGCCUAUGUGGUGGCAUUCUGUAUUUUGCUGGUUCACUGAUACAAAUUUUUGUCACAUCAACUAUCGGAUUAAUUUUUGCCUUCAGUUUGAUACAAGGAAUUGGUUUUGGUCUCAUUGUGCCCACGUCAUAUACAACAUUCAAUAACUACUUUGUCAAAAAACGUAUAAUGUGGAUGAGUUUCUCACAAUCAUUGAUUGGAUUGGGUUCAAUGUUUUACCCCGUUUUGAUGCAGAAAUUUCUGGAAUGGUACGGCUUCCGAGGUUGUCUAAUGGUACUAGCUGCCAUCAACUCGCAUGCUAUUUUAGGAAUGCUCUUGAUGCAACCUGUAGAAUGGCAUAUGCGAGAAGUACCUUGUGCCGAUGAAGAAAUGCAACCUCUGGACCAAAACAGUCAACAACCUGAAAAAUGUUCUGAAAUUGGAAAGGCCUCCAUCGAAGUAGGCCAAGGCAGGAACCAUUUAUCUGUUUCAACAUCAAGCAUAGGUCCCAGAAAAUUAUCGAUUCAAAUGAUGGAAAAAAUAUCGAGCCGUUGUUCCAGCAUUGCCAGUUUAGGUAAUUGGUCUGGUGCGAUGGUUGUCAGCGACGCAUCGCCUGAAAUGCUGAACGUUAUAGGAUCCCGACGAGCAUCCACUGUUGUAUCUGCCAAAACGCACACUACUGUAGACAAAAGCCAAACGCGGAAGUCAAUGUGGCAAAUUGUAGUAGAUUUUUUGGAUUUGACCCUAUUGAAAAAGCCCAUUUAUGUUAACAUUGUUAUGGGUAUAUCAUUUGCAUUAUAUUCGGAUAUAGCUUUUUUCACCCUCCAGCCAUUGUACAUGUUCGAACUGGGUUUUAAUAAGCCCGAUACAGCAAGUAUUAUAGCAAUCGGAGCAGCAGCAGAUUUAGGUUCAAGAAUAUUUCUUGCCUUCCUAGCCGUUUUCAUACAAGUCCCAUCCAGGUAUAUAUAUUUGGCUGGAUCAUUCUUUACAGUAUUGUCACGUUUUGUUUUCCUCAACGUAUACGACUUCAAAGGAAUGGCCAUUAUUACAGCGGUUAUGGGAUUCCUACGAACAUGGAUCCAUGUUCCACUGCCGUUGAUAUUUGCAGAGUAUCUUCCUAAAGAAAGAUUUGCAACGGGAUAUGGUCUAUUCAUGUUUAUGCAAGGAAAUGUUAUGUUCGCUAUUGGACCAUUUGUUGGUUACUUGCGAGAUAUGACGAAGGAUUACAUUCUGACGUUUCAUUGUCUGAACUUCUUUAUGGGACUAUGUGCAUUUCCCUGGAUAAUUGAGAUUGUAUUUUUAAAAUUCCGUAGGAGGGGAAAGAUACAAACCAAUUGUAGCUAA